AUGCCCCGCCAAUCGUUAGAUGUGUUCGCAUCGACUGAGCAACUAGAGGAACAGCGGAAGCUUGCCCAACGACGCAUAUUUCUCAUUACUCUUGUUGUUUUCAGUGUGGUUGCGGGUGGAUCGUUCGCAUGCGUCUUUUUUGGCCUCUCUGAAAUCGUGAACCACGAUACGAUUCUGAUGAACGAUGGCUUGGGUGAAGUAAUGACAAUCCUUGGCAUCUGCUUCACUCUUCCUUGUCUGUUCUGCCUCGCAGCCUUUGUUGUACUGGCGUUGGGUCUCUCGUGCGCCCGCAUAUCUCCUCAUUGUAGUAUACGUGUGUCUAAUGGGCUCAAUGUGCUCUCAUUCGUUCUGCAGCAAGUCGUGACGGAUGUGUAUCUUUUUUCGUUCUCUGGUCCCGCCGCUGCUGCAGCUGUUGUUGCAGAUGUCUGUGUCCUUGGAUGCUAUGCAUAUAGCCGCUUUCAACAUCUUUACGUGCCAACUUCCCUUGGCGUUUUGCUGUUUGUUGGCAAGAUGACUGCCUUGUGGGCUCUCGCGCAGAAGAUCAGCGCGGACGAUGGGGAACUUGGCCCCAAUGGUGUGCGGGCCGUUCUCUUUCUAACAAUUCCCAUUGUUCAAAUCCCGCUUUACGUUGCGGUGCCUCGUGAGCAGUCGGCGGUGGAGUAUGCUCCGCCGAGCAGGGAUGUCAUUGUUGAGAAUUUCACCAACAAUUUCAACUUGCUUCUUCUGCACCUGCUGAACUCACUCGAUAUCGUAACUAUGUACACCUCUUUUGUCGCACCCGAACGGGAACUCACAGCGUUUGCGCCAACGCCCGAACCCUUUCGAUGCCUCAUCAUCAUUAUCGUUAGUGUUGCGUUUGUUGGGAACAACAUUGGUGUGAUUCAUCUGUUUUACACGCGUGAGGGUGUGGAACACGCAGAGUUGAAGUGUUUGCCCAAGAAAUUUCGUGAUGCCACUGCUCAUUGGAGUAGUACUGACAUGGGUGGUAGCCACAAGCGUCGCAUUCUUCAGUAUAUGUUGCUGCUUCUAGUUGUGUGUGAUGUCCCUCUGCUGGCAGUGCGAAUGCAGCUGUGGUGGCGAGGCCACCAGAUGUUAAGUGUAUUCGUGACCAAAAACAUCAAGUCCAUCCUCGACGCCGUUAUGGUGGUGCUCCGCGUAGACCGCUCGGGUGAAUGCACUGAUCGCAGUCGGUACCUGCUCUCCGAGGGCGGUUGA